GAUUUCCUUUACGCCGGAUGCACUUCCUCCUCUCCCAAGCUCAUGAGGUAAACCAAUGAGUUACAUGUUCUUGCUACAUUCACAGUUAAACGAUUGACACGUACAAGGAUGCUGGAGAGGUAAAGUGUGGCAUAUUGAUGGCUGCCUGUGUGCGGUGUCAACGAGUGGCCUGGCUGCGCUACCUCCCAGGCUUGAGAAAUGCUUUUACACAAUCUCAACACCUCUAUGGCAAAACAGAGGAUGAGACGGACGCGCAGGAGGGGAAGAAAGGAGCAUCUCAACACCAAGAGGCCUCUCUCCAAGGAGGUUCCAGGCUGUAUUACAAGCCAUCUUCAUAUCAUCACUCGGUGUGGAUGUCUGCGGCCUCCUGGAGCCAAACAGUUAAUGACGAGGAUGAACAGUGUCUCUACACUCUCGCACCUCCCCUCUGGCGACAGAGCAAUCGCUACAGUGUGAGUUGCUUGCGGCACCUUUCCAGCUCAGAAAACACACCUCUUGACUUAACUUUCGAACCUGAGAUGCCGUCAGUGUCACCAUACAGCAGAAAACCCAUGCCUACAGACGUUAGAGUAGAUACACGGGGCUUCCUCAAAUGCCGGCCUGAGUAUGCCUCCAUGACCCUUGACCUCAACCAGCGGCCUCCGCCAUUAGAAUGGGAAGAUGCCUUAGCAGUGCUCCAAAAAGUGGCUGUUUUAAAGGGCAGUAUGAAGCCAUCAGAUGUGUCUCAGUUUCUUGUGGAGCUCAGCCGCUUGCAUCCCAACAAGAUGUCAUUAGUGAAGAAUAACCAACGCUUUGUCAUGCUUCUACGAUAUUCUGUGGUAAACCUGCGCCUCUUCACUGACCUACAGUUGCUGGAAUUGCUGCAGUCAUUUGUGUGGCUGGAUAUGCCCCCUGCCCACCCUUUGCUUGGGCUGUAUGAGACAGAGCUGAGCCGCCGGGCCAACCAGAUGACUUUACACCAGUUGCUGUUAGCGGCUGAUUUGUGGCGCUGUAUUAAGAGACCGGUCCCCCAGUUCUUGCAACACCUCUAUGACAAAAUCCAUCCAGACCUGGGCUUCAUGGGGAUCCCUGAACUAGUCCAUUUGUUGUAUAUAGUGGGAGAAUGCCGGCAGUUCCCAGAGGGAUUUAUCCAUCCUGUACAGCAGCUUCUCAUGCGCCAUUUACAACAGUUGUACCCUGAGGAGGUUGGCAGUGUGUGCUUGGGGCUCUUUAAAUCCCACACUUCACUAUCUCAGAGUGCAGUGACUUGUAUUGUUGAUAAGGCACACUCCUCUGUGAAAGAGAUGAGUGACUUUGCAAUGGUUAAUGUGUUGAAAUUAUUGCGCUUCAGUUUCCUGUUUCACAGAGCGUGGAUGCAGGCCAUGACACAUGAAGUUCCUCUGCGGGCCCCCAGGAUGGGUGUCAAGGGGCUGAUGCAUGUGGCACUGACCUGUUCGUCGCUGCACUAUCGCAAUGAUAAAAUCCUUCUUGCGGUUGCUAAAAGAGUGCCAUCUCUAGUGUCACACUGCAGGAGUAAAGACUCAUGCAAACUGCUGUGGGCCUUUGGCACAUUCGGGUUUCUCCCAGUCCAGAACCCAAGCUUCUAUCCAAGCCUGACAGAAGCCCUGAGACAGAAGAAAGCGGAAUUUGAACAAUACCCACAUCAUCUGCUUACUGGUCUCCUCGGCCUGGCCUUUGCCUCUCAGUUUCCAGAGGACCUAAUUGCAUUAGCUCUGAGCCCUGGCUUUGUUAAUUUUGCAUUGAAAUCGACAAAGGUGGACCUGAAAACCGACCUGUUGACUUUGGAUGGAACUGUGGCUCUGGAGUUGCCUCACUGGACUGGCCCGAGGCUAAGCCGCGAACUGAGGGAGGAGGUGGCUGAGCUGCUGUGGAAGCUUGCUCAGUCAGAUGUGUGCCGGAAGCCAGAGGUUCAGGAGGCAGAAUCCAUUCUGCAACAUCUGCUCGGAGGAGAGGAAUUUGUACAUAAGAGAAUGAUUCUGCCCCACACUCGCUCCAUUGACCUGGAAGUACAUAUUGACUCCACUGGGCAGCCGAUACCUGUUAACCCAGCAUACCAUACAACUGCUUUGAUUCCUGAGAACAGUUCACCGAAAUUCACUUCAAACCAGGGUUCGGGGAAAAUUAAUGAAGGUGUAGCUAUAACUGAGAAACUUUUAUCACAGCUAAUGAACUCUAAACGCACCACAGAACCUUUAACACCAUCUCCUAUGCCAACAUUUCUUCAUAGAGCAAACCCUGGUGAAGGGGCACUCUUUGACAAUGGGCUUAACCUGACUAGUGACCUUAUAAAAGCUCUUACCAAACCCAGUAGCCCAGGCUCAGCCCCACCGGAUGCCAAUGGCAGAGUCAAACUUGCAAUCCAGGUCUCCUUAAGGAACCACCAAUGCUGCAAUUCACAGCAGUUGAUCGGCAUUCAUGCCAUGAAGAGGCGGCAGUUGAAGUUAGCAGGGUACAAGGUUGUGGAGAUUAGCCAUAGUGAGUGGUUUCCCAUGCUGGGGAGAAGCAGGACUGAGAAGCUGGAAUACAUGCACUGCAAAGUCUAUGACAGUCAGUAAUGACUCUCAGACCUCCAAGAACCAAAAGUCAGCAUGUAAACUAUGGCCACUGUGGCUUCACAGCAAUAUCUAUUCCGUUUUUGAUUAUGUGCAAAGCACAGAAAUGUUUGAUAAGCAGAUGGGCAAAUGUUCCUUUGUCUCCACCUACCGCCAACUUUGUGUACAUGAUCAGGAUUGUGUCAAAUGUGACACUGAGAAAUAGAGGUAUUUUUGUGAGAAGAAUGCAAAUUAAAAAAAUAUUCAACAGCG